GUGUCUAAGUAAUCUAGUUAUUACAAAUUGCCUGUCAACAAAUACAUAUUUCACAUGAAUAUAGCCAACAAAAGUGGCAUAGUUAUUCAGUCAAGUGAAAGACCUUGUCCUGACUUUGACUCCGGCCUCCGACUGUCCAUAUCUGCAACGUCGAUCAAUGCAAAUUUCUGAGCUGAUCAAACUGGCCAAGAGAAGUGGCCAAGAGCAGCAGGGCAGCGGCAGCAGCAGCAGCAGCAGCCUACGCAGCGGCAGCAGCUCAAGAAUUAUUAUUAAAUUCGAUAUAAAUAAUAUUCGCAACCUGUGCCCCCCCGCACAUGCCCCGCCGCUGGACAGUCUGCUGAUUAAUAAAAGACGGCUGCCGUGGCAGAAGUUCCGAGAUGGCCUGCGGUGCUUAAAAAUUCUGAGGCAUCUGUCAAGCCGAGCGAAGGUGAAGGUUUCGCACAGGCACAGGCAUUGGCAGAGGCACAGGCGCAGCAGGACUUGGUCUGGAGAUCUCGAUGGAACCAUACUUCUGGCGAUCGCGAUCGCGAACCGAACCCACAAACGUUUCGGGGGAACGCUUUGCAUACGUGCGUGUAUGUGACAGUCGCAUAAUAACGCUUCAAUUAAGCCCAAGCGAUUCCCUGACACGAUUUUCCUUUGUGCGCUGGCCAAAAACUCCACUGCCAGAUGCAUAUCAAUAAGAUCUGACGUCAAUUUUGAUAAGCGUACGCAUAUUAUUAUUGUUAUUAUUAGCCAUAUAUACGCCCCCCAUUCCCUCAGUGCCCCUGCCCCUGCCCCUGCCCCUCUCGUAAUAAUCAGAAGGGGGUGCGAGGGGCUGAGGAGCUGAGGCUGAGGGGGCUGAAAAUCCCUUGGAGCAUUUUGUCGGGUAGCUGACCGAGCGAAGCGACGGAUAUCUGGCCGCAAUCGACAUGUGCCAGCCAGCGAAAGAUGAAAUUCCUGGGAGCAUCCACACACUGCCAAACUGCAGCACACCAACUCACGGGCAGGAAUAAAAUAAGAAUUAUGCUUAAAUUAUGCAAGGCCCAACAAUUUACAAAGUGAUCGACCCCCAACCCUUCGAUCUCGAUGGCCCCCGGAUCCUCUUCACAUGGUGAAUGGCAGCGGAGCAGCAAGACCAGGGCUGCGAAACCUUUGAAUGUCGAUGGGAAGCAUGGGAUCGGGAUCCUCUCGAAUCUUGAUUAUAAUCAUGAUCGUUUUGUAGGAUUUGAAAGCACAUCAUUCAUUUAUUAAUCUCUGCUUGUGAAGGGUCGUAAUUGCUAUUUAGGUUUAUGUUCGUG